AUGUCGGAAGUUAGAAAGAUUCCCGUUGCGGCUAAUGUGCUUGGGACCAUUGGCACUGUGCUCUGGUGCAUCCAGCUCGUGCCGCAGAUAUGGCAUAAUUGGAGGAAUAAGAGAACUGAUGGAUUGCCAGCGAGUAUGAUGUUUCUAUGGGCUUUAUGUUCUGUGCCCUUCGGCAUCUACAUGAUUCUGCAGCAAGUGAACAUUCCUAUCCAAAUCCAACCUCAAAUAUUUGGCUCGCUGUGUACAAUCUGCUGGGUCCAAAUUUUAUAUUAUAACCAUGGCUACAGCUUGAAAAAAUCAGUUUUCACCGGUGCAAUAACUGCGGCGCUUAUGGGUGGAUGUGAAGCUCUAUUCAUCCUUACUUUGAGGAUUCCAUACAAUAAGGGCAUAACUUGGCCAGCCCUGCUAAUCGGGAUAAUCGCCACCAUCCUCAUUGCGUUAGGGCUCAUUGCUCCCUACUUCGAGCUGCGGAAAAGAAGCGGCCAAGUGAUUGGAAUCAAUUGGUUCUUCCUCUCCCUGGACACCCUGGGCGCCGUUUUCUCCCUACUUGCUUUGGCCGUUGAAGGAACCUUCGACAUCCUAGGCGGUAUCAUGUUUAUCGUCGUCCUCAUCCUCGAACUCGGCAUCUUUGCCAGCCACAUCAUCUGGCGCCUCCAUUUUUGCAAAGAGCGAAAGGCAGCCAAGGCAUCUGGCAUGAGUAUCGAUGAAUAUCUGAGCUCCGGGAGAGCCAUCAGUGGUAGCAGCAGCAGUUGCUGUGAUGGUCGUGGUGGCAUUUGCUAUGAGCCUCCUCCUCCUCCUCCUCCUCCUCCUCCUCCUCCUACUACUACUACUACUACUACUGUUUGUGGUGCUGUUGUUGAAAAGGGGGUGCACAUGGAGCGGAAUCCGUUCGAAGCUGCACCAGCUAGGAAUGUGGUUAUCGGAAAGGGUUCCGUCAAUGCGGAGAACGCGGUAGAUGCAGCUGGAGAUGUCGACUUGGAAUCGCAGAGUCGGUAUAGUUAUGUAAAUGUGGAGGAUACGGAGUAA